AUGCCUUUGGUUGAGGCACUUGAACAAAUUCCAGGAUACACAAAAUUCAUGAAGGACCUUGUAACUAAGAAAAGAGCGAUGAGCUGCGAAUUGGAGAAAGAUAUCCACCAUUGUAGCGUUAUUUCUACAAGGACCUUGGUGCAAAAGAAGCCAGACCCAGGCGCAUUCAUUAUUUCCUGCACAAUUGGGACUAUGGAAUUCUCCAAGGCAUUAUAUGAUCUAGGAGCAAGCAUUGAUUUGAUGUCGCUGGCUGUUUAUAUAAAGUUGGGUCUGGAACAUCUCACACCCACCAACAUACGACUUGUUAUGGCAGAUAGGAUGAAUGACGAAGUGGUACGGUUUGAUGUGAGUAAAUCAAUAAAGAAGCAUGAAGAAAUGAGUGUGCUCUCAAUAUUUGAUGUGUAUUAUGAGGACGAACAGGAGAUGUCCAUAGCUGAGCAACUCGGUGUUCAACCUUUGUCGCGGUCAUGA